AUGCUGCUAAAUCUUCCAAUUCUAGUAGCCUUGGCCCUGAUGGAUUGCCAUAUGAAAUUAUUCAAGUCAUACUUGACCACCCUGAAUUCUCCACUCUUGUCUCGCGUGUGUGACCCAUCCUUCCUCGGUUUUCUGUCUUCUGUCCUUGAUACUGUGGCUAUUCUGCAUCCUAUUAAACUUCUAGCUUAUGCCGACAAUCUUCCGGUAUUUCUCCCUGAUCCUGCUCACCUUGCCCGACUCCACACGCAUCUCACCGCCUAUUCCGCUGCGUUCAAUGCGCGUAUCAACCUCCACAAAACACAAGCUUUCUCGCUCUCUGGCAGUCCUCUUCCUGACUGCUCCUCCACUCUCCGUGGUCAUAACAUUACCAGUUGGCAUGACCGCACCUCGUCCCUACCUCUCCGUUAUCUCAGCUUUCCGAUGAUUUACUCUAAGGCUCAGCGGAACUCGUUCUGCUCCUCUCUUCUCCAAAGAAUUGAAGACAGGUCCAACUUCCACUCCUCCCGCUCUCUAUCCUUUUGGGGUAAAGCCACAGUUUUAACAUCUCUCAUACUCUCUCAGCUUUGGAAUGGUUUGCGUAGGUCUCUCUGCCUAUGUGCUUCUAUCAGAAGACCUGGUUCAUCAUGGGUGGCUUUCUUCAAUGCGGUACCUUCCCUUUGGUUUUUUCAGAUACUUUUUGCCUCCCCGUCUGACACUCUACCACUUCGCUGUCUUCAACAUCUUGUCCGGUCUCCUCAGUCUCCACCUGGUUUUGUUCCGUGCUGGAUGUCCGGCUUGCCUCAAGUCUCAAUUCCUUCUAUUUCUCCCCGCUUCUCCCUUGUAUUUCCAAGUAUGAAACCUUCUGGAUGGCAGGAUCUUGUCUCUCCUCUGAACUUAAUCGUCGCUGCCAUCAACCUUCUUCGCGACUUUUAUAAUGGGGUAGUCAACUUGACUACUCGUCUUGAUUUGCCCCUCUCAGCUAAUAUUAUUGUCCCUGCCUUCUAA